AUGGGGAAAGAUCAGGAACUCUUGCAGGCGGUGAAGACCGAGGAUCUGCUGACCGUACAGCGCCUUUUACAGAGACCCAAACAGGGCAAAGCUAAACUGCUGGGCACGGCGAAGAGAGUGAAUGUGAACAUUCAGGAUGCAGAUGGAUUUUCUCCACUGCACCACGCUGCCCUUAACGGUAAUAUGGAGCUGAUAGCUAUACUGUUGGAGUCUCAGGCCAUUGUUGAUAUAAAAGACCAGAAAGGGAUGCGCCCUCUACACUAUGCUGCCUGGCAGGGGAAGACUGAGCCAAUGAAAAUGCUGCUCAAAGCAGGAUCAUCAGUGAAUAGCCAGUCAGAUGAGGGGCAGAUCCCUUUACACCUUUCAUCACAACAUGGCCACUAUGAUGGAAGCGAGAUGUUACUACAGCACCAGUCGAAUCCGUGUAUCAGAGACCACGCUGGGAAAACCCCUCUGGACCUCGCCUGCGAGUUUGGCCGAGUCUCAGUAGUCCAGUUGCUUCUCAACAGUAAUAUGUGUGCGGCCAUGUUGGAGCCAAAACCCUCUGACCCUAAUGGCACCAGUCCUCUCCACCUGGCUGCCAAAAAUGGACAUAUCGACAUCAUCAGGUUGCUGAUCCAAGCUGGCAUCGAUAUAAAUCGUCAGACUAAAUCGGGCACGGCGCUGCAUGAGGCUGCCCUCUGUGGGAAGACUGAGGCAGUGCGUCUGCUGCUGGACAGCGGUAUCAGCGCUGGAGUCAGAAACACGUACUGCCAGACAGCGCUGGACAUAGUCAAUCAGUUCACCACCACACAGGCCAGCAGGGAGAUCAAACAGAUGCUCAGAGAUGCUUCGGCUGCCAUGCAAGUGCGCGCUCUGAAGGAUUACUGUAACAACUAUGACCUGACGAGCCUCAACAUUAAAGCCGGCGACAUCAUCACAGUUCUGGAGCAACAUUCUGAUGGACGAUGGAAGGGCUGUAUCCAUGACAACCGGACAGGAAACGACCGCGUAGGCUACUUCCCAUCCAACAUGGUGGAGGUGAUCAAGAGGGCAGGACCCUCUACCCAACAGUAUCUUAAGAUACAGCUCCGUCCGCCAGCGAUUGGCGGCUCCGUCGCUAUGGUGAACGGAGACUCCUCCCACAUCUUUCACUACAUGCCUCUCCCUCCCCCUCCCGCUCCUACCUCAGCCCCUUCCCACCAACCACUUUUCACCUCAUUUGGGUAUAACACACCCACCUGCAGCUCAUUUGGGUCUGACCCGCCCCCCUCCUGCUCAGAGGAGAAGCACUCAGAGACAGGUUCCAGAGGUUCUGUUGCCAGCCCUCAUGGUUCUCCUACUUUGAGUGGCCAACAGAGCAGCACCACUGAGGAAAUCUGGGUACUGAGGAAACCCUUAGCAGGUGCUGGCAGCAGUGGCAGCAUGGGUAGCACUGGAAGUCUGACCAGCGGACGCUCGUCUGGCAGCGGGCAGAGUAGCAAUGCCAAUGCCCACCUGGCAAACAAUCCUGUGCCCAUACCAACCACACCCACACAUGCACCUGGGGUCAACACACACGGCCUCAACGUACCAGGGCUACAUGCACAGGCUGAGGGAGUGAAGCUGUUAGCAACAGUUUUGUCUCAGUCAGCCAAAGCUAAAGAGCAUCUGCUGGAGCAGUCACUGUCAGUGGAACAGAACACAGCCUCUUAUCAGCGGUCUCAGAGUGUAUCUGGAGGAACUCCUCAUGAGAAGAAACCGUUUGUGGAUCCCUUACUGCAGAGAAAGGAUGAGGCUUCUGCUGAGAGCAAGAAUUCAGAGGCAGUUAUCGAAUGGCUUACUGGGUUUCAAUUACAGUUCUACACUACAAACUUUCUGAGUGCAGGAUAUGACUUGCAAACAAUCAGCAGAAUGACCCCUGAGGAUCUUACUGCCAUAGGGGUGACUAAACCUGGCCAUCGGAAGAAGAUGAUAUCAGAGAUAAACAAACUGGAUGUCCCUGACUGGAUACCUGACAAGAAACCUGCUAACCUGGCGGAGUGGUUGUCCAUGAUUGGUCUGAGCCAGUACUACCAGACCCUUGUUCAGAAUGGCUAUGACAACAUGAACUUCAUUAGCGACAUCACUUGGGAGGAUCUACAAGAGAUUGGCAUCACUAAACUAGGGCACCAGAAGAAGUUGAUGCUGGCUGUGAAGAGACUGGGAGAGCAGCAAAAAGGGAUCGAUACUCCCAGUAAGGUGAGCAAAUCCAGUGACAGCCCUGAGUCAAGCCAGCCGAUCACGACGGACAGCACAACUGUUGAAUUGGACACCAACGCCACUCCAUCUCCCCGGGUUUCUAAGGGAUCAGAAGGGCGUGGUUCCCCACGACACAGUGCGCAGGGUCGUGGCUUACAGAGGGCGAACGCCCCGCCUCCUCUUAGGAAGCCAGGGUCUAACGAGAGUCCCAUCCACACCCCACCACACACGCCCACCAAGACCAAAGGCUCCUCCCAGCACACGCCAUCUCCCACAAAGAGCCCAUCAUCCCCACUGAAGACCCAGAACAGGACAAGGGCUCCCAGCGAUUCAUCCCGUGCGAACACUCCAACUCGUAGCGUUCCACUACUCUGCCUGCCCCCUGAGGGAGGGCCUGAGGAGGGGAAUGGACAGAUGGGGCCGCAGAGAAAACGUGGCCCGGGAGGUGGUGGCAAUGGUGAACAUGCCGGAAAGGAUCUUUCAUUGCUCGAUACUUCGGUCAAAUACGCUACGAUGGGAGGGACCAAAGUCAUUCGCAGCAGUUCUGCAAGAGGCCCCGGAGAUGCCCUUGAUGCAGGCAGCGUCAAUCGCAGCCAAUCGUUCGCCACUGCCACACGGCCUCGCAGGAAGACCCGCCCACCGACCCCGCCCAAACGCUCCUGUUCCUCCAUCUCUACUGGCAACUUGGCAGAUGAGGGAGCUGACGCUGGAGAUGGCAGAGCCUCAGAGGAUGGUACAGGAAGCUCAUUGCUCAGUGUGACCUACAGGGAGCGUCGCCGUAGUGACUGCGGGAUUGCCAUGGAAAAAAGCUCAACGGGAGGCAGUGUGAGAAACAUUGCAGCUAUGUUGGAGAUGUCCUCACUUGGAGGUGGAGCCAAGGGAGAUGUGUGCAGUUACUUACAGGUGAGUCCUGAGCUCCUGCGGAGGAACCCCAAUUCUCUCAGCUCUGACACAGACUUGCAGGGGCGGCGCCGCACCAUCAGUGGACCAAUGACUGGUUACACAGACACAGACAACCAACCUGAUGCUGAGGCUGAAACACUUCCCAGGCAGACCCCUGAGCCACGCCCACGCUCCAUGAUUGGCCAUACGGAUGGCACAGCGUCCACACUAUCCCAGGCGGAUUGGUCACGGGUGGAUGCCACGGCAACCUUGAGAAGACCACAGCUGUCCAGCCACCACCACGACACCAGUGAAAAUUUUAACCUAACAGAGACUAAUACUAUCCGACGCCGCCCCAAAGCCCUGACACCAUCACAGGCCAACGUGACGGAAGUGAAGAGUGGUCGUAGGAGGCCUGCGUCAGAGGCAUGUUUGAGGGAGGGAACUGACGGAGGUGAAGGCAAGGCUCAGAGGGAUAGUUCUGAUUUCGGCUCUCUGCCCAGAAAGGCCCUGAAGCCCCCUGUCUCACCAAAACCAGCAAUGGCACCCAGAAAGACAGAUGCCCCAACACUGACGAGGCGCGUCCCCCUGCCAGCCCCAGAAGGGCCUCAUAGCCCAGUUGAUGUGAAGCGUGUUCCUCCCCCAGUGUCACCCAAACCCAGCCCACCUCCCACACUCCCCAAACCUACCAAAAUAAAACCGCUCCCACACGCAGGGCCUUCCAGUGACCCUCAGACACAUACACCCACCCCUCCAAGCACCCCUCAGAUGCACCCAUCUUUCCCCAGUCCCGGUUCUGCAGAGCAAUCAAAUGCCAUGACCCAGGCACUCAGCCCAGUUACCACAAAACCACCUGACACCCACAUGCUCUCUCCUAGAGCUGCCACUUCCCCAGCACAGAGUCCACAGACCCCACAAACCCCCCAAACACCGCAGACACCCUCCACGCCAGGCAGUGGACCACCGCCGAUAAAGCCCCCACGAUCCUCCAUGGCUGGACUAUCAGUGGACAUCCCUGGGCCCAUGGAAGUGGAGCUAGGUGGAGCAGAGGCCGUUCAACAAAGACUGAGGGAAGUGGAGAAAAAAAGGGAGGAAACAGAGAGGGAGAGACAUGCGCAGAAGGAGGCAGAGGAAUGGAAAGAUGGAGAAGGAGAGAGGAAAAGAGGGGAGAAGGAUGGAAAAGUCGAGAGAACAGAAAAGACAGACGAGCCCGGACAAGUGGUUAUGAGGAGGAGGAAGGUUGGUGUGGCCAGACAGGACCAGGUGGAGGGUGAGAUAGAUGUGGCAGUUUUGGGUGGUGGUCCAGAGAGACUUGUAGAAGCUGAAGGAGCAGGAGAAGUAGGGAGCUCAAACGGAGGCACAGUCCCACAGGAUGUGACUCAGCAGAAGCUAGAGGAGACAAGCGCUUCCCUUGCUGCAGCACUGGAGGCAGUAGAGGAAAAAAUCAAAAAAGAGGAAAACUCUGUGGUUGAGAAAAAGAGCACAGUGAAUAUACUGGACGAUAUCGGCAGCAUGUUUGACGAUUUGGCUGAUCAGCUGGAUGCCAUGUUAGACUGA